AGCAUUUGGUAGCUAACAUCACGCAACCCCGCGUCCACUACGUGGUGGCCGAGGCCACGCAUGCAAGCCGCUGCUCUUUUGUGGCUGCUACCAUCCAUAGUAGAUUGCCAUUGGCAAACUCACCGCAGCCGAAGCCUAAAAUGGAACAUCUCCAGUGCUGAGCACAGCCUGCUGCCACGUGUGCAGACGGCAGACCAAAGUGUAAAUGCUACAUUGCCUGCGUCCACUUGGCUGUGUUCCAAGGGAAGUUGGCUUUUGCAGGUGAUGAGCCUUGGUACCGUGGACGUCCAAGGACGAGCAGGUCCUGUGGAUCCAUGCUUGGGGGGCUUCACCAAGUUCUUCUGGGCAACGCUUCUAGCAAUGACAACCCUGCUUGGCAUUUGCUUGCUCAUCCCCGUCAUGCUGGACAUUACCAGGCGACGACCGCCUGGUGUACCACUAAUGGUGUGUGGAAUCACCUGUGACUGUGAGCUAGUUUGUUGCACUGAUCAUGGUGCAAACAUCGAAACAGGGCCAAAGCAGCAUGCAGAUGAGAUUGAUUUCUUCGCGAGACGGAACUACGAACAGCAGCUUGAAGGUAGUACUGAUGCUGUACAGUAGAAGUGACUUCUGAAUGCAGACCGUUGAUGCAUCAAACCCCCC